GGCGUGGCACAGACCGCCUCUAUAUAAACUCCCGCCCGGCUCCGCCGCCGCCAUUUUUGUGCCGCUAUGACGGUGACGAUUGCGGCGGCCGCGACGGCGGCGACAACGGGGACGUGUCCGGGGUGGGGACCCCCGAAACGGGCCCCCCGGGGCUGGGGACCCCCCGAGCGGGCCCCCCGGCCCGGCCUGGGCCUCACCCCGGCCCCCCCGCGCUACUUCACGUUCGAUCCGCCCGUGGGGCCCAGCGGCCCCUCCCGGCCCCGGCGCCGCCACCGCCGCGUCCUCUACCCGCCGCUGGUGCGCCGGGCGCCCCCCCCGGACGAGCCGAGCGCGGCCAAGCGGCUGCUGGUGCUGCUGCUGCUGGUGGUGAGUGCGCAGGUGUACAGCGCGCCCGGGGAGGGGACAGACACGGGGACAGACCUGGGGACACCAGACACACCUGCGGUGGCACCCGAGGUGUCCACGGGGACACCGGACACCCCCCUGGGGACACCGGAGACACCCGCGGUGACACCAGAAACACCCGCGGUGGCACCGGUGACACGACGGUGACACCAGAGACACCCCUGGGGACACUGGAAAUGUCCGUGGGGACACCCCUGGGGACACUGAACACCCCUGGGGACACCGGAGACACCUGUGGUGACACCAGACACCCCUGGGGACACUGAACAUCCAUGGGGACACCUGUGGUGGCACCGGACACCCCCCUGGGGACACGGGAGACACCCACGGUGACACUGGAGACACCCGUGGGGACACCAGAGACGCCCCUGGGGACACUGAACGUCCAUGGGGACACCAGAGACCCCCCUGGGGACACCAGAGACACAGUGGGGGCACCUGAGACACCUGGGGACACCAGAAACACCCGCGGUGACACCAGACACCCCUGGGGACACUGGAAACGUCCAUGGGGACCCCCCUGGGGACACCGGAGACCCCCCUGGGGACACCCGCGGUGACACCAGAGACCCCCCUGGGGACACCCGCGGUGACACCAGAGACACCCGUGGGGACACGAGUGACACGAUGGGGACACCAGAGACACGAUGGGGACACCCGAGCCCCCCUGGCGCCGCCCCCAUCGCCUGCUGUGACAUUUUGGGGCCAAUUGCCGCGAUUUCGGGGGCUCCGCGGGCGCCGCUACCUCAUUGGUUCCUUCGUUAAUUAACGUGCUUCUCCGUUAUUUAUUGGAUCCAUUGGUUAUUUAUUGGAUCCAUUGGUUAUUGGAUCCAUUGAGUAUUGAUUGGAUCCAUUGAGUAUUGAUUGGAUCCAUUGAUUAUUCAUUGGAUCCAUUGAUUAUUCAUUGGAUCCAUUCUUUAUUGGACCCAUUGAUUAUUGAUUGGACCCAUUGAUUAUUGAUUGGGUCCACUGAUUAUUCAUUGCAUCCAUUGGUUAUUGAUUGGGUCCAUUGAUUAUUGAUUGGGUCCAUUGAUUAUUGGAUCCAUUGAGUAUUGAUUGGAUCCAUUGAGUAUUGAUUGGAUCCAUUGAGUAUUGAUUGGAUCCAUUGAGUAUUGAUUGGAACCAUUGAUUAUUUAUUGGAACCAUUAUUUAUUGCAUCCAUUGGUUAUUUAUUGCAUCCAUUGGUUAUUGGUUGGAACCAUUGGUUAUUUAUUGGAACCAUUGAUUAUUUAUUGGAACCAUUAUUUAUUGCAUCCAUUGGUUAUUUAUUGGAUCCAUUGGUUAUUGGAUCCAUUGGUUAUUUAUUGGAACCAUUAUUUAUUGCAUCCACUGGUUAUUUAUUGGAUUGAUUAUUGAUUGGAUCCAUUGAUUAUUGAUUGGGUCCAUUGAUUAUUUAUUGCAUCCAUUGCUUAUUUAUUGGAUCCAUUGGUUAUUGGAUCCAUUGAUUAUUUAUUGCACCCAUUGAUUAUUUAUUGCAUCCAUUAUUUAUUGGAUUAAUUUAAUGAAAGCCGUAUUUAUCUGA